AUGAAUUUGGAGGAGUUGUCCGGCUAUCGGCAACUGCUGUUGGAUCAACUCCGCGGUAUGCAAGAGCGCACUGGUCCGGCCAGCCUGCAUGAGUUGCCUGGACCUUUGCUCGCCUCCCGACUGCCUGAUCUUCAUGCAAAUCAGCUUCUAUUGCGCGCCGCUCGACCAGCAGGAAUCGCCGCAGCUGCGGCCAAUCUUGUCCAACUCACUGCCCAUUUGCCCAAUGGUCUGGCCGAUUCUGGUCUCCCUGCGCCUUCUCAAGGAUCAGGAUCAGGAUCAGGCCAGCGGCGUAUCACUCCCGCCAUUUCAGCGUCUGCUGCAGGCAACACGGCAGUUGCAUCUGCGUCAACUUCGUCCAGCUCACCGUCUUCUGUAACAACAUCCAUGCAACCAGACGCGGCUGGAUCUCCCGUCUCUUUGGCUAGAUGGAUGACUUGUCUGCGUGUCGCUGUUCAGCACGAGUCACUAGGACUGACCACACUUUGUCUUUCUGGAGAGCCUAAGGGUACCCUUGCUAGUUUAUCACGACUUGCUCGUAUUUUGAAUUGUCUAGACUUUCAUCGAGACAUGACAAUUGUCUUUAAAGGCACGAUUUUACCGGUCUGUGAAUCGAAAAGUGAUUUAACUUCUCAGCUUCGUUGGUUAAUACAUUUACGCUUUUUUCUAGGUCUUGAGAUUACAUGUAGCUCUUUUAUAGGAGUUGUACUCAGCCUAUUUAGGUUAAGAUGA